UACAGGCAAGAUAUAAAAGUUCGACGUCUCGGGAAUCUUAUUCCAUUUGCUUCUCAGCUUCUUCCCCUUAUCUGAGAGAAAAAUGACCGGACUCGCUGUAUUAAUCGCUGUUCUGGGGGUCUUCUGGAGCCCAGCUUUAGCCACUUUCCAGGUCUACAGAAUCCCAAGCUACAAUGGUGAUUAUGUCCAGCAGACCGUGUCCAUAGAUAAUGAGAAUCAAGUGGCCAACAUCCACGUCUAUGGAGGACUUUGCUCUUCAGAUACUAUUUUUGACUACAAGCAUGGAUACAUCGCCACUCGGCUCUUUUCUCGACGGGCCUGCUUUGUCAUGAAGAUGGAAAAAGGCUACAUUCCAGAGCUGGAAGAAGUUGGGCGGCUGGCUUAUGAGAAGCAGAUGAUGAACAAGAUGAUGUCCCCCAGAAACGUGUGGGUGAAAUAUGAACCCAGUGACUCUUUCUUCGGAGAAAUCAAGGAGUGGCUUCUUUUCGGCAGCUCCAUUGAGAACCUCUGCAAGAACGUGCCCGUUUACAAAGUUGAAAAAGUUGAGAGUGGAUUCCAUGCCGGCGGCUGUGCCAAGGCUGGCAUCCUUGGCAUUCUGGGCAUCAAAAUCUGCGGAAACCUCAACCUGUAGACCUCCUGAGCUGCUCCCAGUAUUCCAUGCUCUUCCAAGCUUUCUGCCUCCCCGUGAAUUAUCUCACUUUCCUCAGCUUCUUGGGCUUCCUUCUGCUUCCCUUGAAAGCUGCAGCCCAACCCAAGACCUGUUAAUAAAGAAAAGCAACUUCCCAACCCUCCCUGCUCUUGGCUUCUUAUUUUCAAAGUCACUACAGUGGUACCUUGGUUCUCAAACUUAAUCCGUUCCGGAAGUCCGUUCCUAAACCAAAGCCUUCUCCCCAGCAACUACAAAAAAAGGUCCUUUCGCUGUUUAGCUCCUGUGUGGCAUAUGCAGCGACAAAAGCCAUCAAUGAUCAUUUAAGAAAAUGCAUUUGAGCCCCCUGGAUAGAAAACUGGAUGUACAUUUCCAAAAUAUAAGAUAAAAAAACAUAUUUUGUUAUGUGCAAAUGGCUUUAUAUAACUAUUAGGUCCAUAAACUACCAUGUAGCAUAUAUUCAACACA